AUGUCGUCACUAACAGAGAAGGACAGACCAAUUGUUCAGCUGUUAUUGAACACUGGCACUUGCCCACGAUGUAUUUUGAGGUUCUGCUGCGUGGGAUCGCAGACGCUUUAUAGAUGUCCAUACAAGGAUUUGAUGAAGGAUUUAAAAGAAUUUUUGAAAAAUAAUCAAGAAAAAGAAGAUACAGUUUGUUCUGAUGUAGUUGAUCCACCUUGUAAGAGAAUCAGACUUGAACACACAGAAAAACAGCCUGAUGAUCUGAACCACAAUGGAGCGCUACAGCAGAUUCCUUCGGUUAUCAAUGAAAAUACUGCAGUGGAGAACUCAGUUAUAGAGGUUUGCAAUGUGUGUUUGGGAAUUCUUCAGGAGUUCUGCGAGAUUGAUUUUGUUAAAAAGGUGUGCCAAAAGGUUAAUUCUGCUGACUACCAGUUCACUAGUUUUGUAUUUUCUGUGUCACUACCCCCACAGCUGUCUGUUAGGGAGCGUGCUGCUUGGCUGCUGGUAAAACAGGAAAUGGGAAAACUGGGCCUUUCCUUGGCAAAGGAUGACAUUGUUCAGCUGAAAGAAGCGUAUAAGUGGAUUAUUCAUCCCCAAUUGUCAGAAGAGUUGGGUAGUUUGUUUGAAGUUAGCGUGGUCUUUGCUCACCCAGAAACCGACGAGGAGUGCCAUUUCCUAGCCACAGCCUGCCCAGACUGUUUCAAACCAGCGAAGAACAAACAGUCUGUUUUCACUAGAAUGGCAGUUAUAAAAGCCCUAGAGAAGAUAAAAGAAGACGAUUUUCUCAAGCAUUUUCCAUGUCCCCCAAGUUCACCAAAGAACCUCUGUGUUGCUCUGGAAAUUCAGUGCAAUAAUGGUGCAGUUUUUGUCGCUGGAAGAUACAACAAAUAUUCAAGGAAUUUACCUCAGACUCCCUGGAUUAUUGAUGGGGAGCGGAAGCUGGAAUCCUCAGUGGAAGAACUGAUUUCAGAACAUCUAAUGGCAAAAUUUAAAGCGGAUAGCUUUAACUUUUCUUCCUCCGGAAGAGAAGAUGUGGAUGUAAGAACACUAGGCAAUGGAAGGCCCUUUGCAAUUGAGCUUGUGAAUCCUCGUAGAAUACAUUUUACUGCUGAGGAAAUGAAGGGACUUCAGCAGACAAUUAAUAACUCGUCAGACAAAAUACAGGUUCGAGAUUUACAGCUCGUCACCAGAGAGGCAAUUGGUCGUAUGAAGGAAGGUGAAGAGGAAAAGACAAAGACCUAUAGUGCCUUAAUAUGGACAGACAAAGCAAUACGGAAAGAAGAUAUUGCUUUUCUAGAUGAUAUCAAGGAAUUAAAACUUGACCAGAAGACACCUCUUCGGGUUCUUCACAGAAGGCCUUUAGCUGUAAGAUGUCGGAUCAUUCACACCAUGAAAUCUGAGUACAUAGAUGAGCAUCAUUUUCGCCUGCAUCUGAAGACUCAAGCAGGAACCUACAUUAAAGAAUUUGUGCAUGGAGACUUUGGAAGAACAAAGCCCAGUAUUGGCUCCCUACUGAACAGAACUGCUGACAUUCUGGAGUUGGAUGUAGAAUCUGUUGACGUUGACUGGCCUCCAACCCUGGAUAAUUAA